AUGGCUUUCCGGAAAUACCCUACUGUUACAGUAAUACUGCUAACCCAUGUUCAACAGAUAUUUGGCCUCGUAUUGGCAGCUAGCUCUACUUUUACCACCUUUGGGGCGACGCAAUCUCCGUCUUCAAUCGAUCGGGGUUUUCUACACGUUGUAGAGUCUACGUACUACCCUACGUAUGCUUCCGCACCCGACCUAACGCCUGAUACGACAGGGAUUGUCAUCAGUUCCCUAGAGACAGAAGGGCGUGCAAGGAUUAUCCCAUUCCCAACCCCAACGCUAUCCCAACAGGCCAUCACCGCUGCAUUUUUUGCUGCGAAUGUGUCUGCAUCAUUGAAAAGUUCUCUUGCAGGAAGUCUAGACCCAUUGGGACCCAGCAACACGACAACAACAUUCCUAUCGGUAAAGCCGACGUCUAUGGCUGAAAACGAAAGGCUGGUAAAAUUGGAUGCCAGAGCAGCAACCGAUUGCUUUCAGCCUCUACCGACUAGUUCACUUCCGCCUCAAAUUAGUAGUCGCAGCGACCACUUAGCCACCAAAUUAGGCAUUAAUCAAAAUGGCCCCAUAUCGACGAACAAAUUCUACGCCAACCUUUUCUUGGGCAAUCAAAAUCAGGGGGUCUGGACGCAUCCUUACUCGCUGACUUGGAGCAAAGGAGGCGGAAACCUUCGAAGCUGGGGUAUGGCUGUAUCUCACAUUGACGCGGAUCAACGAGCAUACGGCCCUCCAAACGUCUUAAUUCCCGGUUAUCCCACACAAUACUUUAUCAAUCCAAUUGGCAUACAGUCAAUCAUCCUCUCAGCUAUCGAGAUUGGUGAUAGUUCAGUUCUCACGACGAGUUCUUUGACAGCCUUCUCCGUGAGCGCGGUGCUGGCGCCUCAAGCCCAGUCCACCUCUAGUAUCACGUUUCCACUUGUACAAGGUAUGGGGUUUGUCACGGCGGUCUACCAGGAUCUCAUGCCGGUCAUUCAGAGCGCUGUCUUCUUUCGAAGUCUCGUACCCGCCCAACAACCAAAACCAGGCGUCUUCAAAUACCGUAUCACCCUAGAAGAUAGCAAAACUUGGCUCGUCUACGUCACUCCGAGUAGCGGUCAAGACCCAGGCUUUCAAUUAGUGUCUAACACCCAAGUCCAGGGUAUGAAAGGUUGGAGUGGGACAAUCCAGGUGGCCAAGAAUCCAUCAGGUGCACUUAGCGAAACUAUCUAUGAUACAGCUGCUGGUACCUAUCCUUCUUCCGGGAUGGUCACUGCUACCGUUUCGGCUACAACGGGUACAUACCAAUUGAAGUGGACAAAAGCAGGCUUAACGACUAAGCAGCCACUUCUAAUGUUUGCGUUGCCGCACCACGUUUCAUCGUUUGACUCGAUUACAGCCACUCUCAAGACCUCUCUACAUCUUCAAACGACCACGAAAGGUCUUGCAACAGGCGUCCUCGCUGAUAGUUGGACUUUAGUAGAGACUAGUCUACCAACCGACAUCGCCUUCGCCCCUUGGACGCCCUCUAAGCGGUCCAAGACUUCCGUCUCUAGCUACAGUAAGAGCAUAAUCAAGCAAGUGGCAGCUGCCGAGCUCUCUCAGAACAUUGGUGCCCAGACCUACUUAGACAGCAUGUACUUUAGCGGCAAGGCUCUCAGCAAGUUCGCAAUGGUGGUCUACUCAACCAGAAUAUUGCUUGGCGACAUCACCUUGGCAGCACAAGGCCUGAAACAGCUGAAAGAUGCAUUCGCGAAGUUCGUUGCCAAUAAGCAGAUCUACCCUCUGGUCUAUGAUUCCAAGUGGGGAGGUAUCGUCUCGUCUGCAACAUACAAAACCAAAGAUGCAGGACAGGAUUUUGGAAACACCUUUUACAACGACCAUCACUUCCAUUAUGGAUAUUUUAUCCAUACAGCGGCAGUCAUUGCGUAUCUGGAUCCGGGCUGGGCGAGCUCGAAUGCCCUCUGGGUUAAUACCUUGAUUCGUGAUGUAGCCUCGCCAUCCUCGAACGAUCCGCAAUUCCCAUUCUCCCGCAUGUUCGACUGGUAUCAUGGUCACUCAUUUGCCAAGGGCCUUUUCGAAUCUGCGGACAGCAAGGAUGAAGAGAGUACUAGUGAAGACGCCUUCUUCGCAUACGCCCUCAAGAUGUGGGGUAUAGUCACCAAGAGUCAGUCAAUGGAAGCUCGCGGGAAUUUGAUGCUUGCAAUAUUAGCAAGAACAUUUGACAACUACUUCUUGAUGAAACAGAGCAACAUCAAUCAGCCAUCGAACUUUAUUGGCAAUAAAGUGACUGGAAUCGUAAGCCCAAACCGUUGGACGUUCUAUGAUAUUAAAGCUUAA